GCCUGUUCAUAUUCUCACUCUUUAUCACCUGUUCAUACUCGCACUCUUUAUCGCCUGUUCACACUCUCACUCUUUAUCGCCUGUUCAUACUCUCACUCUUUAUCGCCUGUUCAUACUCGCACUCUUAUCGCCUGUUCAUACUCUCUCUCUUUUUCGCAUGUUCAUAUACACACUCUUUAUCGCCUGUUCAUACUCUCACUCUUUAUCGCCUGUUCAUAUUCUCACUCUUUAUCGCCCGUUCAUAUUCUCACUCUUUAUCGCCUGUUCAUACUCUCACUUUUUAUCGUCUGUUCAUACUCGAACUCUUUAUCGUCUGUUCAUACUCUCACUCUUUAUCGCCUGUUCAUACUCUCACUCUUCAUCGCUUGUUCAUAUUCUCACUUUUUAUCGCCUGUUUAUAUUCUCACUCUUUAUCGCCUGUUCAUAUUCACACUCUUUAUCGCUUAUUCAUACUAUCACUCUUUAUCGCCUGUUCAUACUCGCACUCUUUAUCGCCUGUUCAUAUUCUCACUCUUUAUCACCUGUUCAUACUUUCACUCUUUAUCGCCUGUUCAUACUCGCACUCUUAAUCGCCUGUUCAUACUCUCACUCUUUAUCGCCUGUUCAUACUCGCACUAUUUAUCGCCUGUUUAUACUCUGACUCUUUAUCGCCUGUUCAUACUCUUACUCUUUAUCGCCUGUUCGUACUCUCACUCUUUAUCGCCUGUUCAUAUUCACACUCUUUAUCGCCUGUUCAUACUCUCACUUUUUAUCGCCUGUUCCUACUUUCAAUCUUUAUCGCCUGUUCAUAUUCUCACUCUUUAUCGCCUGUUCAUAUUCUCACUCUUUAUCGCCUGUUCAUACUCUCACUCUUUAUCGCCUGUUCAUACUCGCACUCUUUAUUGUUCAUACUCGCACUCUUUAUCGCCUGUUCAUAUUAUCACUCUUUAUCGCUUGUUCAUACUCUCAUUCUUUAUCGCCUGUUCAUAUUCACACUUUCUAUCGCCUGUACUCUUUAUUGCCUGUUCAUAUUCAUACUCACACAUUUAA